GUUAGACAGAGAUUGAUAGAUAGAUAGAUAUCUCUUGUUCUAAUUCUCAUGCUUCAAACUAAGCAUUAUUUUCAUGACAUGGAAACCAUUGCAACGAAAUCAGUAACCAAAGGAAGAAGCAAUAAUAAACUUUCCAAGACAAUCCAGAAGGUCACUAGUCUCAAUUUUGCUUCAAACAAUGCCCUUUUCUUCCUCACUACUCAUGAAACCAAAGCACAUCAUCAUCAAGCUAAGAACAAAAAUGAAGAAUCCAAAGCAAGAACAAGAAGAAGAGCGGUUAUGGAGGCUCUUAUUGCAAGGCUCUUUGCUGGUGUCACCACCAUUAAAGCUUCCUAUGCAGAGCUGCAAAUGGCUCAGCAACCUUACAACAAUGAAGCAAUUCAGAAAGCUGAUCAAGCUGUUGUUGAUGAACUCAUUUCCAUCUCUGAGUUGAAGAAAAGGUUCUUGAAGAAAGAACUUAACAUUUCAUCACCGCAAGUGAAUCUCAUGCUUGCAGAGGUUCAAGAACAACAAAGCCUAAUGAAGACCUUUGGAAUCACCAUUCAAAAGCUCCAAUCUUUGGUUGAUACCAAAGAUUCUGAAAUCUCAUCACUGAAGAAACAGCUUCAUGAGUGCACUGCAUUCAACAAAUCACUUGAGAAGAAGCUACACUCAACAGUGUUCCUUCUUUGGAAACCUUAACCAUAGGAAGCUACUCAAACUCAACAAUGGUGGUGUCCCAGAUUCAGCUUUCUUCGUUGCUUUUGCGGAGAUGGCAAAGCGUGUGUGGUGUUUGCACUGUUUGGCACUUUCUUUAGAUGAAGAUAUCAGAAUUUUUCAGGUGAAGAAGAACACUAGAUUCUCUGAGGCCUACAUGGAAUGUGAAGCAGAACAAGUAGUUUCAACCUCCUCAGAGGAAGUUACUGAUUCCGAUUCCGGCGAGCUUCGGGUGGGUUUCACGGUGGUUCCAGGUUUUAUGAUUGGAAAAAGUGUUAUACAGAGCCAGGUUUACCUUUCUCCAGUGAGUUAGAAUGCAUAUAUUUGGUCUCAAAAGUCAAAUUUCGUUUCUUUUUCUUUUACUUUCUUAAAUUUGUUCAUGGUAUGGUGCCAUUACUUUGUAGCUUAAA